ACAAUGGGCCUGUUUCUCUAUCUAUAGACUCAGUCGGCCAGAGCCUUGCCGAGCAUGAGCGCGACUCAUCCUGCUCAAAAACGACACAAAUUGAACGAUAUCGUCGACGAGGGGACGAACUGAAGUCGUGGACGAGGACCGAAAAAUGGAACUUUGCUGCAGGAAAAGGCAAGCCCUGAGGAUUGUGGGAUCACACUAAGGUGCGUACUCGACUUUAGGCGACGACGAAUCCAACACCGAGGAGUCGGACGUGGCCGCGGAGUGACAGGUGAUGAGAUAAACGCGCCCAGGUGGGCCAUCGACGCACCUGUCGCCGAUCUCCGAGCCGGCCCCGGCACACCCCGCCUCGUUGCAGAUGGAGGGCUCCGGUAGUCCGCGUGUCAGAAAACUCCACUUCCCUGUCGGUCUUUGGAUCAACUCCCCCAGGAAGCAUUUUGCAAAGUUGGGGCGUCGUUGGCCCAGUGCUGUCUCUGUCAAGUCGACCACUAGCUCCGACGCGACCUCGCUCCAUGAGGCCCCUUCCUCGUCCCUGUCUAACUCCACUCCCUCCCUGGCUUCCCUCAACCCGUCGCCGUCUCCUUCCCCGGCCUUCCUGAGGCCGCGACCGGCCGGGCCCCAGUCGCGCACCAAGCGCCUUUCCCACCUCUUCCUGCGGGGGCGCUCCAACAGCGACCGGGAGCGGGCCCUGGGGGAGAAGGAGAGGGAGGUCUGGGCCUCGUCCUCCCACCACUAUGUGCCCCCGGCCUCCUCCUCCGCUCCGGGCCUGAUCAAGAUUUACGGGGAUGCGCUCUCCAGCGGAGCAAACUACCGCUCCCUGCUGGCCAACGUUCACUCGACAGCCCGGCAGCUCAUCGCUCAGGUCAUCACCCGCUACACGGAGCGAGAGAGGGACGAGACUGACGACGCAGUUCUUCAGAAGCACAGCCCCGAGGACUUCCUGCUGUGCGACGUCAUCGGAAAGCCCAUCCAGCAGCCAGAUGGGGCCAUCAAGUGGGAGACGGAGUGCCGGCGAAGCGUGGCCCUGUGGGAGCGCCCCUUGUUGUUGGCGGACAUGUGGCGGCCCAAGGACGGACUGGAGCGGCGCUUUGAAAUCCAGAGGAAGGACGACUACGAGCGGGAGGAGCGGGAGCGGGAGAAGGAGCGGGAGCGGGCGAGCGACAGCCAUCAAGGUGUGCGCUGGCGGCGGAGCAGGAUGUCGUCAGGGGGCGAGGCGGAGGAAGGCGAGCGCGGCCACCGGGGGAGGAACACGGAGCUGAGGCGGAGCAUCAGCGACAUGAACCUCAGCCUGAGGCGCCGCCAAGGCAACCACGUGGCCGAGGAGCCGCGCGGGAGUCGCAGCCGGCCCAGCAACAACGGCGCCGUGCAGGACCGGAAGAACAUUGUGAGCAUGAUCAACACGCAGCAAGACGAGGUCCGAGGCUCCAAAGCGGAGGCCAAGGUCGGCUGGACCAAGCAGCCGCCGGAGGAGGAGCAGGACUACUCCGGCUGUGACCUGGAAAUGAUGUCGCAGAGUCUGAUCCUCCCGCCGACCGACCGUCCCUACUUCCUGCUGCUGCAGGGCUACGACCAGAGCAAGGACUUUGUGUUGUACAUCAUGGCGGCGCACACGCACGUGUUCGGGAGGAAGGCCACCCUGAAGGAGCGGGAGAGGGAGAGGAAGGCCAAGAAGCUCCUGAAGGUGGACACCUUCCUGUCUGCACCCGACCUGCUGGCCAGACACCUCCUGGUGCGCAGGGACUCUGCUGCUCCUGGGACACGCACCGGGCGAGCCUUGAUACGACCUUUCAGAGGUGGUGUCGUCACACACAACGGGGGGGCUCUCUACAGGGAGGCCGUCCUCAAGCCCGGCGACGUCAUCGGCCUGGGCAGCCAUUUUCUCUUCUUGUACCGUGACCCCCGGGUGACCCCGGCGCCGCCACCGGCGCUGACGUCGUCCUGGCACUCGGACGGCUCGCACCCCUGCUGCGCCUCGGGGCUGGCGGACAAGCAGGAGGCCCUCAGGCAGUACCUGGGCAGCCCGGAGUCCGUUCUCAAGUUCCAUCCUCAGCAUGCCGACACCUUGUUGCAGGAGAUACUUUCCAAAAACUCCUCCCCCGACUCCGGAGGCGGGCCUUUGGCGCCGGCGUACCUUCUGUCAAUCAUGAUCGACCACGCCUCCAAGCACCUCGACCCCGCCCUCACGCCCCAGAUACUGCUCAAGGCGGCCAAUCAGAUUAAAGAGAUCGUCUGGGAAAACAUUAAGGAAUUCGGGGACAAGCAUCCCACGCAAAACUCGGCCGGGCAGGAAGGGGAGGUCGGCGCGGCCAACGUGCAGACGCUGUCGUCUGACCUCCGACCCCUGAUGUUCUGGAUGUCCAACGCCACGGAGCUCCUCAACUUCUUCCAGGUGAAGGUGGAGGCCAUGGAGAAGGAGUGGGAGUUUGAAGCCCCAGGUGAUCCGGUGUUGACAGCGGACAUGGAUACGUGCUCCGAGGCGCUAGCUCAGCUGGAUGACGUCAUCAUGCACACCUUUCAGCAGUGUGUCUACCACCUAACAAAGACCCUCUACUCGCUCCUACCCGCCCUGCUGGACACCAACCCAUUCUCCACCGAGGACAAAGACAAGGGGGGCGCUGAAGGAGCGGACAGGGAGGACAAGGCCCAGGAGGACGGGGACCACGUCUGUGCUCUGCCGCCCAAAGUCGCCGGGCUGCUGGAAGUAUACCGCUCGUCCCUGACCUUGUCCUGGGAAGCUAGUCUGUCCCCGCCUCUCACCUCCCAGACCUUCGGCUACCUCUUCUUCUUCACCAACACCUCCCUGCUCAACACCUUGCUGGAACGAGAUGGCCUGUUUUCCUGGUCCAGAGCUGUUCAGAUCCGCACAAACCUGGACUUGGUUAUGGAUUGGCUCCAGGGGGCGGGACUUGGGGACAUUGCCUCCGAGUUCAUGAAGAAGUUGUCGGUCAUCGUCAACUUUUUGUGUAUUCCUAAAACCCGACUGAUCCAGUCUUCGUGGGACCGCUUGCUGGAGGACCACGCCCUGCUCAGUCCUGCCCAGCUGCACCACCUGCUCACUCACUACAAGCUGGGGCCCAGCAGGGCCCCCCCGGCCUCUUGGGCCCCCCCGCCUGGCUCCGAGCUCAGCGGAGACAUAUUCGAGAGCUUCUUGGACCAUCCUCCUCUCAUCUUGCCCAAUGAGAACCCUCGUCUGGACCUCUCCCAGUCAGUCCCCAGUGCGGAGCUGCAAAAGGAAGUGACCCGUCUGCGCACCUACCUGUGGGGGCUGGACCAGGACGAGCUGCCGGCCAAUCAGAGGACUCGGCUUUGAGCGAUCAAGAUGGAUCUAUUUACGUUUUUUGGGGGGGAAAACGGGUGUUUUUCUGCAACAUUUUCAUAUCAGCUCAAUUAUUAGUUUUGAAUUUUAAGUAAUAUGAAAGCAUUUGCUCUUUAAAAAAAUAUUAUUAUAUAAAUAUAAAUAUAUAUUGUUUGCACCAUGCAGUGUUAUUCUUUACUUCAUUAUCUCUUGUUUGUUUUUACAUAAAAUAAAUAUUCAUUCUACAAUUGCUCUCUUUGGUAAAUUGACUUUUUACGAGUGAUUUGCAAAUUAUUUUCAACUUAUAUUCAAUUGAAUAGACUGCAAAGACAACAUACUUAAUUUUCAAACUGGAAAACGUUGUUAUUUUUUGCAAAUAUUAGCUCAUUUGCAUGUUUCAAAUAACUGGCACAAGUGGCAAAAAAGACUGAGAACAUUGAGGAAUGCUCAUCAAACACUUAUUUGGAACAUCCCACAGGUGAACAGGCUAAUUGGGAACAGGUGGGUGCCAUGAUUGGGUAUAAAAGCAGCUUCCGUGAAAUGCUCAGUCGUUCACAAACAAAGACGGGGCGAGGGUCACCGCUUUGUCAACAAAUGCCUGAGCAAAUUGUUUAAGAACAACAUUUCUCAACGAACUAUUGCAAGGAAUUUAGGGAUUUCACCAUCUACGAUCCGUAAUCUGAUCAAAAGGUUGAGAGAAUCUGGAGAAAUACCUGCAAGGCGGAAAACCAACAAUAAAUGCCCGUGACGUUCUAUCCCUCAGGCAGUACUGCGUCAAAAAGCGACAUCAGUGUGUAAAGGAUAUCACCCCAUAGGCUCGGGAACACUUAAAAAAAAAACUGUCAGUAACUACAGUUGGUCGCUACGUCUGUAAGUGCAAGUUAAAACUCUACUACGCAAAACCACAGCCAUUUAUCAACAACACUCGGAAACGCCGCCGGCUUCUUUGGGCCCGAGCUCAUCUAAGAUGAACUGAUGCGACGUGGAAAAGUGUUCUGUGGUCUGACGAGUCCUCAUUUCAAAUUGGUUUUGGAAAUUGUGGACGUGGUGUCCUCCGGAACAAAGAGGAAAUUAAUCAUCCGGAUUGUUCUAGGCGCAAAGUGUAAAAGCCAGCAUGUGUGAUGGUAUGGAGGUGUAUUAGUUCCCAAGGCAUGGGUAACUUACACAUUGUCGAAGGCACCAUUAAUGCUGAAAGGUACAUACAGGUUUUGGAGCAACAUAUUUCGCCAUUCAUGGACGCCCCUGCUUAUUUCAACAAGACAGGUGUUACAACAGCGUGGCUUCAUAGUAAAAGAUUGCGGGUACUGGACUGGCUUACCUGUAGUCCAGACCUGUCUACCAUAAAGGAGAUGCCGGACUGUUGAACAACUUGAGCUGUUUUUUACAAGUUUUAACUGAAAUUCAAGUGUAAUAAUGAUAUACUCUCCAUUAAAAAUGAUGUAAUAACAAA